GUCUUCGUCUGUCGCGAGACUGCAUCGCCUGUCUGGGCACUCCAGCAGAGCAGGGCUGCACAAUAGCUUGGGUGUGUGUAUAGUAUUGUAUAUUAAAUACGAUGCAAAGUUCCCAAUGAGAACUAAUGCAUGAGAACUAAUGCAUGCACCUCAUGUCUGCAUUAACAAACAACAGGGAUUGCUGAUACAUUCUCCGGUCAAAUUGCAUAUAGCCUCCAACUUUCGGACUGCUUUUUGGGUUCAUGUUCGAGUUUGGCUUGGAUCAUCCUGCACUUUGCAUGUAUCAGCACAUUGGAACAGACUGAUCUGAGAAUGUUGGCUGGAACCUGAGACAGGUGUGUUUUACAAUUUCCGAAGACAAGUACACACUGUUGGCCUCGACUCUUUCUAAAUAGUCAAAAGUUUAUAGCGGGGAAUAAAAGUCAACGAUGCGUGUCCUGUAGUCUAUAUAGUUCAGGCCAAGGGGACUUGCAGGACAGAUCACAAUACACAGCGAUAGCCUCACAGGCAAGCUUAUGCAAGCGACUAGCCUGUGACUUCCUGGGUGGGUAACAUCAGGGUCUUGCGUCUGGUAAGAAACAAAACCAAAUUAAAAUGCUUGCUGAUUCCCUGCGGCGCAACACUGAUUCCUAACGUACAGUCUGGACGUUAACUCUUGCUGUGAGGUUUAAAUUGUCCAGAAACGAAAUCAUUGUGGCAGUGUGGGGUCAUGCUUCUUGGCCCUGCCAUGAAGGCUGUUCUCGAGGAUAGCGUUUUAGGCAGGCGGUUUGUUUGAGCAACAGAGAUCACCCUGGAUCGCAGCCAAGGCAGAACUGGAGGUCGCUAUCUUUUGGAUCCCAAACGCGUCUGUUGCACGUGGGAAGUCGGUGGACAGUAGAUCCCUCAUAUGACAUUGGCUGGGAUUUGAAAUACCGGGUCCUUCGGUGAACAUGACCGUACAAACGGAACAUAGUUUAUAAAAAUGAACCAUAGGGGAUUACACAAUAGCGCCCUGUGUAGGAUUUAUUUACUUCCGAUAACAUUGAUAUUCUUGCUUAAAUAUAUUAUUUUUAAAUGAAAAAAAUAUAAUAAGUUUAAUGAAAUACAAGCAUGAACUUGUCAGGCCAGAUAUUUUGCAGACAAGACAAGUAAACCAAGCGAUUGGGCAAUCAGUAAUUUACUACCACUACUCUUACACAUUUUAAUAUGAUCUGCAAAAUGACAUUUAAUUGGAAAACUUUGCAUAACUAUUUUAAGCGUAGUGCACAUUUCAAACACAACUCGCCUUCCAACUCUUUCCACCCUUUUACCACCGUCAAAAAAACUAACCAAAAUCAAAACCAAGGUUAAAGUCAGGCCAACUUCAAGUCCUCCUAAACCCGCACAACGUUGUGUUUUUAUUGUCCUUCAACGGCCACAGUGGAUCAGGUGACAUAGCCUAAUCACCUGAUAAUGGAGAAGGGGUCUACAGCCUUGACCCACCCCCUCCCCUAUCCCGGGAUCAUCUACGACGGCCCUCUGGCUCCAACGCUUAGCGGCUAUCGACUCAUGAAGCCGAAGUGCACUUUGGCCGAUCUCUCCCUCUGGGCUGGAGGAGGUCGCCUGAUAGGGGCCAUCGUGUUUGUUUACCCUGUGGGCACGGUCUAUACUGGGCUCAUUAACUUGCCCCUUCAAACACAUGGAGAGGCCAAUAGACGGUCAGAGACCUAUACAUACCGGCCUGUGUCUCUUGAAACCGCCGUCAAGUCCCCUGACACACACCCACACACACAUUAAGCGCUCAGCUCUCCUCAGGGACCUGCUGUGGAUACUCCUGUGGUCCAGGCCAUAGAAGAGAUUAAACAUUAACCUGGGAAUUGCUUCCACACACACACACACACACACACACACACACACACACACAGUACAAUCACAUACGAUCAGUCAAGUGGUCUGGUUGUAAUGUAGUUGACGGUCGAGAGACGCGCUGAAGGGUUCAUUGUCUUUCGGAUCUGGAAGUCUGAUGAGUGAGCCUGCCGUCCUUCAUGUCUGCCAGCGUUAUGGUCGACGUGGACAUCCCUUACGGCCCCCCCUCUCCCCUGGAAGACUCUGUCCUAGGGAGCCCUCUGUGUAGCCCCUCUCCCCUGGAGGACUCGAUGCUGGACAGCCCCCUGUGCAGCCCCUCGCCGCUGGACCACUGCGCCCUGCACAGCCCCUCUCCUCUGGGCCACUCCGUGCUGGACAGCCCCCUGUGUGGCCACGAUGGCUUCAUCGGAGGCAUGGAGGGGCUGCAGGCCAGGUCCAAGUCCAUGGACGACGACGCCUUCAGUUCUCUGGGCGCGCACGAGUACCCGUCCUCCAGCACCGGCUCCGGGUCCGAAGGUUCCACCGCCCUAGAUGCGCUGACCCCGGCGUCCAGCCCCUCCUCGGGGGUCUACUCGUCGGCCCCCGCCGGCCCCGAGGAGGUCAGCUCCCAGGCCUCGGCCCUGAACCUGGAGUGCCGGGUGUGCGGCGACCGUGCCUCGGGCUACCACUACGGCGUGCACGCCUGCGAGGGCUGCAAGGGUUUUUUCCGGAGGACCAUUCGCCUGAAGCUUGAGUACGACAAGUGCGAACGCCGCUGCAAGAUCCAGAAGAAGAACCGAAACAAGUGCCAAUACUGCCGCUUCCAGAAGUGCCUCUCAGUGGGCAUGUCUCACAACGCCAUCCGCUUCGGCCGGAUGCCCCAGUCGGAGAAGCUGAAGCUGAAGGCGGAGCUGGUGACGGGGGAGCUGGAGGUGGAGGACCCCCGUCAGGCAGACCAGAAGACCCUGGCCCGGCAGAUCUACGAGGCCUACCUGAAGAACUUCAACAUGAACAAGGCCAAGGCUCGCACCAUCCUCACCGGCAAGACCAGCACCCCCCCCUUCGUCAUCCACGACAUGGACACCCUGCAGCUGGCCGAGCAGACCCUGGUGGCCAAGAUGGUGGGCACGGGGGGCGGCGGCCUGCUGGACCGCGAGGCGGAGGCCCGCAUCUUCCACUGCUGCCAGUGCACCUCGGUGGAGACGGUGACGGAGCUCACCGAGUUCGCCAAGUCGGUGCCGGGCUUCGCCGAGCUGGACCUCAACGACCAGGUGACGCUGCUCAAAUACGGCGUUUACGAGGCGCUGUUCGCCAUGCUGGCGUCGUGCAUGAACAAGGACGGGCUGCUGGUGGCGUACGGCGCCGGCUUCAUCACGCGCGAGUUCCUCAAGAGCCUGCGGCGGCCCUUCAGCGACAUGAUGGAGCCCAAGUUCCAGUUCGCCAUGAGGUUCAACGCCCUGGAGCUGGACGACAGUGACCUGGCGCUGUUCGUGGCCGCCAUCAUCUGCUGUGGAGACCGGCCGGGGCUGGUGAACGUGGGUCACAUCGAGCGCAUGCAGGAGAACAUCGUGCAGGUGCUGCGGCUCCACCUGCUGGCCAACCACCAGGACGACGCCUUCCUCUUCCCCAAGCUGCUGCAGAAGCUGGCCGACCUGCGGCAGCUGGUCACGGAGCACGCUCAGCUGGUGCAGGAGAUCAAGAAGACGGAGGACGCCUCGCUGCACCCGCUACUGCAGGAGAUCUACCGUGACAUGUACUGAAGGGUGGGGAGGUUGGAGCGUGCGGAGAGCAGCACCAGCAGCAGCAGCAGAAGCGAAGGAAUUCUCCAUCAGCGAGUCGUCCGUACCACUGAAAGCCUACCUGUGAAGGAGUCAAGGCCUGCAACGCGGAGGAGCGCGCCUUUUGUAUUAUGCCGUGAAAUAGCCUACAAUCCUACAAAGCAAAGUUCAGAGAAGCCUGCCUUCGGAGGCAUCUCGGCUCACAUCUCGCCUCUCUUCACUCUACACGGGCCCCGUCUUCCGCGGUGUUUCUUAUAGAGAAGAUGGGUGACGGGGGUUGAAGACCCCAGAUGCGAUCUCCGCCCCCCCCCUCCUACCUCUCCCCUACAGACCACGCCCACAUCCCCAUUUCCUCAUAUUGACUUCUGACCGAGAGCUCGCCAGGAAGACAGGGUAUCCCGUUUAGUUUGACGCCGUCUCGAACCCCACUACCCUCGGCUGAUUUCGAGUGGACGUUGCAGGAGUGGUACGCCUAAGACACGAUCCUGUGCACCUCUCGGGCGGGCUUGUGGACGGGGAAUGGUGAUUUGAACUUUCUGAGGUGUUUUAAGCACCCUCCGUGGUUUGAACUGAGGCCUGAGUUGACCUCCCUUGUUCUCGACGCCCAGAAAAGAGGCAAAUAAUUUAGCUAACAGUCUCCACUCCAGCAGUGCGCUACAAGUUACACUUUUGUACCUAACGUUGACAGAAAUAACAAGAGCCAUAUUGGUAGUCAAACGCCAACCAAGUGAAUUCAGUACUAACCACAGAGGUUAAAGACGUGUGUGUGUGUGUGUGUCUCACAGGCAGCUGCUUCUUAUUGGCUGUGCCCCUUUUUGAUGAUGUCAUGAAGCAAGCCUCAGUCCAUGCAUUGGCUGCAUGAUGACCCUGACAGUUGUCCCAUUUGUCAGCCAGCACACGCACCGUGCUUUCUACAAAUUCAUGUCACUUCUGGUGAGGCUGCAAAAUGUAUGUUGUUUUUUUUACACUGAUCAAGCCAUAAUUUGUAUAUGAUGAAGAUCUUGGCAUUUGCACAAAAUCAUGACUUGACUGCUCUCUUUAACUCUCUUUCACCAUCAAGACCAAACUUCAACAUAACGUCCCUGAAUCGAUUUUGGGUUUUGAGUUAAACAGUUCUACUAUGGUAACCAGGAUGUUGAAAAAUGGCUCAGACAUUGUUUGGGUGUUUUUGACUUAGUAUCAGUUUGAACUGAGACUCGUAGGGAGACGAUCACUGUGUGAACGCACCACAAUGUAACUUUAAAGCACAAGUGUGCCUACUGGACGCAAGUGUGAUUCCCAGAGUUUUUGUCAGAAAACACUGCAGGAUAUUUCAGGAGCACAUCUUGUCUUUUCUACCCUGGCAUGUUGUAGAUAGCAUUAAGCUCGCUCUCAUUAGCACAAGCUAGGGAAUUCAAAAGAGAUUGACAGAAUAGUGGAAGCAUUGCUACUUGCUCUGAUUUCCCCCUUAGUCCUCAAAUGUACCCAAAAUAUAUAUAAUAAAUGUACGUUGCUUUGUUACUGUGGUGGGUUGUCCUUUUCCCCCUCACUGCCUGUUGACGUGCCUUCAUUGGCUAUCUUUGGUUCCAAUCAGGGAGUAUUAUCAUGCGCUGAUCAAAGUUGAGAGAGUGGGAAACAUCCCUGACUGGUACAGAAGGAAAAAUACCAAGACACUGAAUAUUUACAAACCCCUCAUAUUCUGUGAUUUUUGUCAUACCUGUUUGUAUGUUGAGCACAAAACAACGUUUGAUAGAAUUGAUAUCAAACUUCUUUAGAGGUGCAGUGUUUAGCAUAUAGUGGGGUCUAGCGGAACAGACUUGGCAGAAAUGGAAUAUAAUAUUCUUAGUUGUGUUUUAAUAAGUGUAUAAUCCCAUGAAAAUAAGAAGCAUUGUUUUUUCGUUAACUUAAAAUGAUCCCUUCAUAGCUUUCCUUUCCUCAUCUGACAGUUUGUAUAUUCACCAAAAUAUAUAAUUUGGCAAUUGCCGAUCAAUAUGUCACUACCACCAACACCAGCCAACCCAAACCAAAUUACAUUUUAAUUUGGUUUUGUCAAAGGAACUCGCUAGUACAAAGGACCUAAUGUGAUGCUGUAAAAACAAAUUGUACAUAUGUCGUAAUGAGUGCAUGAUCCAAUUCUUAUCCCUGAGGAGAACAAGUAGUUGGAUGGAUGGUUGAGUUGUUCGGGUGAAAACCAUCGAAUUGUACAGUAAUAUAAGUGUGUGUGUGUGUGUGUGUGUGUGUGUGUGUGUGUGUGUGUGUGUGUGUGUGUGUGUGUGUGUGUGUGUGUGUGUGUGUGUGUGUGUGUGUGUGUGUGUGUGUGAAUAGGAGUGUGUGUGUUUCUCUGUAAUUGUGGGAUGACGGAAUUGAAUGAUAUUUUUAUACAAAUGCUAAAGUAUGUACAUGUGUGCAUGACUAGGUUUUGUCUAUGUAUGUUUGUUUGUUUUGAAAUAAUGUAAAUUUAAAGAGUUAAAUGUAUAUACAAUUAUGGGCAAUGAGGCUAGUGAUAUAUAUAUAUAUAUAUAUAUAUAUAUAUAUAUAUAUAUAUAUAUAUAUAUACACAUAUGAUGAUAUAUAUACAUACAUAUGAUGAUACAUACAUAUGAUGAUACAUACAUAAUGUCCAUACAUCUGAAUCCCAACUGGGACAUUCCUUAAUAUCGAUUUUCGGUACAAUAUCCAUUUAGAGCAUUUAUAAAACAUCUUUAUUCAGCCUUCUCUGAGCUGUUUUGGUUUUGAUUUAAGUAGUUGAAGUGGACUAUACUUAACCUUGAAAUGAAUGACUUAGCAACUAUUCAAAUAUAUUUUAGAGACGUGACCAUUAUAAUCAGCCAGCCAUUGCUUGUUUCUCCUCCUCACUAGUUUGAUGUUCAAAGGUCUAUUCUGAAACCCAGCGCUCACUUUAAAUGAAUCAUUGCUCUUUUCAUAAAUAUAACUAUGCUAUAGUUGGCUCAUCAUGCUGUCCCCUUUUUAAUUAUUUGUGACACUUAACCUCUGUUUCCUUUUGAGAGGAACGAAAUGCACUAAUUACUUGUCGCAACAACCACCCAGCUUCAUGCUAUUCAUGUAACGGAUUAUGCAGUAUGUUGUUUUGUAGCCUGCUUCUGUGUUGUGUUGCUUCUUUACUAAUGUUUUACCUCACUCGCUGCUAUAAAUAUUGUACUAACUCAACCAAACAUUGUCAUGCCAUACGUCAAAGCUUGCUGUGUUCCAAGCUGCCUGUAAUACAUUUUUUCCCCCGGCAGAAUGUCAAAUUGCCUGCAAACUUUAUCAGCGGCGUUAAAGCAAUUUGAAUAAUCUUUGGUACAUGGAACGUGUGGUUCCUGGUGAUUUUUCUGAUUAAUUCUGUGCCUUAACAAAUGGUCAUGCCAUAAAACUUCAGAUUAAAAAAAGAAAACUACAUUUUGUACACAUGGUGUCCUCUAACAACAUAUUGCCAUACAUGGUCCUUGGACCACACAAUGCAGUUUGUUUUUUUAUAAUAUAACAAUUAUUUUCGACAUGAAAUGAAAAAAACAAUGCUACAGAUUUGAGUCCAGCAUAAGUUUUUGGUCAAGGCAACCCCACUAUCAAUCAAGGUCACAUUUGCAAGGCGGGGUAAUGGGCCUCAAUAACCCGGCAGCCAUCUUGGUUCUAAAUGAUGGCUAUGAUGGUGUUGAGAACCAAGAUGGCUGAAGGUGAAUAAGAACUGUUCGAGACCUAAACCUAAGAAGGGACUUCUUGCUCAAAGGUCUACAGGAUGAAGCAGUGGUAUCUGCUUGCCAAGCAUCCGUUAUGUGUUUAUCCGACAAGGGACUUUUGUGGUAUAUCAGGGAAACGUAGUCUUUCUUUGUUUUUAACAGAAGCUAGCUCAGGACAUAGUGCUGUACUGUUUAUCUGUCAAGUGGGUUUGUACUGCGCUGCCUUAACAGACCACUAUCAUACAGCAGCAAUAGUGCUUAAUGCAAUGUUAUAGCUCGUAUAUUUUCAUAAUUUCUUAACUGACCGUGAAAUGUACCUGGGUAGCAAUCAUAGGAAGCAAUUUGAUUUGUUGUAUGUAAUUGUAUUUUUUUUUUUUUCGAUUUUAUGGCAUUAAUGCAGUGGGUUUUUUUGUGACUUUGUGUAACGCAAAGGAAUGAUGGAUUCUAUCUUUGGGUGUUAUGUUCAUGUGUACUGUUCAUGUGGGUUUGAAAAGCAAUACUGUAAAUGUUUGCCGAUUGUACAUUAGUGAUUUCAACAAUGAAAGAGAUUGAUAUGGAUUGAUUUUCAAAAUAAAAUAAUUUGAAUAUC